AUGCCGCCGCACACAGGUAGUAGGUCGUCCGGGGAUGGCGUCGUCGAUGACGAUGAUACCUCCAUUAUAGAGCCCGAGCAGGGCAACGUCUUAACACAUAUUAUCUCGCAACUACGACCCGGCGCUGAUCUAAGCCGAGUUGUUCUGCCUACGUUCAUUCUCGAGCCCCGAAGUAUGUUAGAGCGGAUCACCAACUUCAUGUGCCAUCCGGAAAUGCUCCUCCCUAUCCCCCACAUCGAAGAUCCGGUCCAACGUUUCGUCUCCGUCGUCAAAUUUUACCUCAGCGGAUGGCAUAUUAGACCACCGGGAGUCAAAAAGCCUCUCAACCCGAUCCUCGGCGAAAUCUUCUCGUGCUAUUGGGACCUGCCUGACAAUACCCGCGCCUACUAUAUCUCUGAGCAGACAUCGCAUCACCCCCCCAAGUCGAGCUAUUUUUACAUGGCCCCCGAGCACCAUAUCCGUAUCGACGGUACUCUAAAGCCUAGGAGCAAGUUCCUGGGCAAUUCGGCCGCGAGUCUUAUGGAAGGAAUCGCCGUGCUUACCCUGAUGAAUAGGGGCAAAAAUCCAAAGCAAGGGGAAAGAUACUGGUUAACACAACCCAAUAUGUACGCGAGAGGAAUCCUGUUCGGCAACAUGAAAUACGAAUUAGGUGACCACAGCGUGGUGCGGUGUCCCGAGCUAGGCCUCAUAGCCGAUGUCGACUUUAAAACGAAGGGAUGGGUCAGCGGUACGUACAAUGCGAUUGGCGGCACGAUAAAAGACGAGAAGACCGGACAAGUGCUCUUCGAACUAUCUGGUUUAUGGAGCGAAGAGAUGUUCGUCAAAGAUCUUAGGAAUGGACAUAAGGAUAUGUUCUUCGACGCCCGAAAAGUAAAACCUUCGAAGCCACGCGUUCGACCGCUCGAUGAACAGGACGAGCGAGAGUCGCAAAAAUUAUGGUACAAAACAGCGCAGGCGGUAAAGGACAGGAAUCACGAGUUGGCGACGGACGAAAAGACCAAAGUCGAGGACCGGCAGAGAGAAGAAGCGGCGAAGAGGGCCGCCGCAGGUGUAGAAUGGCAUCCGCGAUUAUUCCGGCGGGUAGACAAAGACUACGGCGGCACGGGCGAGGACAUGGAUCAUUUAGAAUGGAUUAUCAACGCUCAUAUCGACGCCACAACACCCGAGAAGCAAGCCGAGCAGAUCAUGUCGAUAUACCCAGUUAUACCCGGACAAAGGUCUAAGGACUGGAACAUAAUCCCACCGGGCGGACACCCGCACCCUCAAGCGGCCGAGAAACAGGCACCCCAAGACCAGACGCAGGACCUGAUCGACUUUGGCCAGAACGAUACUAAUACGCAAGCCCAGACAACGAAUAAUGCUCCCACCUCACCGCCGCUCGCUAAGACGGAUAGUAAGGAAAUCGCUACGAUGCUGCAGUCGACCGGUCGUAAAGCGGAGGACGGCCCGCUACUCGAUUUCACAAGCGACUUGAAAAACGACUUACCCCCGGCCAAGAGUAACCUGAGGAAGGAGGAUACGUCAGACAGCAAUAAUACGUUCUUCGAUGCCGAAGGGUGA